CUCUCUAACGUUAUUUAUCACUCUCCCCAUUCAAUUUUUAGAUCUCUCUCUCUCUCUCUCUCUCUCUCUCAGAGAACGAAAUUUAUUCUUUUGGAGGGUUCGCUUUUUCAGCGAUCUAUCUCCUUGAUUGCGAUAAACCGCUCCGCAAUCACAUUUCCCGAAACCGUUUGUUGCGGCGGUCCACGUGAUUUGCAGGCCGGGAGCUCUGAUUUUGCUCCGCCAUGGCGGCCGCCAACGCUCCGAUCACUAUGAAGGAGGCUCUCACGUUAUCGAGCAUAGGGGUUAAUCCACAGUUUAUCACAUUUACAAAUGUCACUAUGGAAUCGGACAAGUUCAUCUGUGUCAGGGAGACUGCCCCUCAAAGUAGUGUCGUGAUCAUUGAUAUGAACGCCCCAAUGCAGCCUAUGAGACGACCUGUUACAGCAGAUUCAGCUCUUAUGAAUCCUGCAUCCAGAAUAUUGGCUUUGAAAGCCCAAGUUUCAGGAACUACUCAAGAUCAUUUACAAAUAUUCAAUAUUGAUGCAAAACAAAAAAUUAAAUCAUACCAGAUGCCUGAACAGGUUGUUUUCUGGAAGUGGAUUACACCAAAGCUGCUAGGUCUAGUCACACAAACCUCUGUUUAUCAUUGGCCAAUUGAAGGUGAUUCUGAGCCAGUAAAGAUGUUUGAUAGAACGGCAAAUUUGACAAACAACCAGAUAAUCAAUUAUCGAUGUGAUCCUACAGAGAAAUGGUUGGUUUUGAUUGGGAUUGCUCCAGGUUCACCAGAGAGGCCUCAACUUGUUAAAGGGAACAUGCAACUAUUUUCAGUGGAUCAGCAGUGCAGUCAAGCUCUUGAAUCCCAUGCUGCGGCAUUUGCCACUUUUAGAGUGAUAGUAAAUGACAAGGACUCUAUUCUGAUUGCUUUUGCAACAAAAAGCUCAAAUGCUGGUCAGAUCACAUCAAAAUUGCAUGUCAUUGAGCUAGGAGCCCAACCAGGAAAACCGUCCUUUACAAAGAAACAGGCAGAUCUUUUCUUUCCUCCUGACUUUGCUGAUGAUUUCCCAGUUGCGAUGCAGAUAUCACAUAAAUACAGUUUAAUUUAUGUAAUUACGAAGCUUGGACUUCUAUUUGUCUAUGACCUUGAAACGGCUACUGCAGUAUACAGAAAUAGGAUCAGUCCAGACCCUAUUUUUUUGACGGCAGAAGCUUCAUCUGUGGGGGGUUUCUAUGCUAUCAAUAGGCGAGGCCAGGUGUUGCUUGCCACAGUGAAUGAAGCAACACUUGUGCCCUUUGUUAGUGGCCAAUUGAAUAAUCUGGAACUUGCUGUCAAUCUUGCCAAGAGAGGAAACCUUCCUGGUGCUGAGAAUCUGGUGGUAAAGCGUUUCCAGGAGUUAUUUGCCCAGGCUAAGUAUAAAGAGGCAGCCGAGCUUGCUGCAGAGUCUCCCCAAGGCAUCCUUCGCACUUCUGAUACUGUUGCCAAGUUCCAGAGUGUUCCCUUUCAAGCAGGACAAACACCGCCAUUGCUUCAGUACUUUGGGACACUUUUAACUAGAGGAAAACUUAAUGCAUUUGAGUCAUUGGAACUUUCACGCCUUGUUGUGAACCAAAAUAAAAAGAACCUCCUGGAGAACUGGUUGGCAGAGGAUAAGCUGGAGUGCAGCGAGGAACUUGGGGACUUAGUAAAGACUGUGGAUAGUGCCCUGGCAUUGAAGAUAUACAUCAAAGCGAGGGCAACUCCAAAAGUUGUUGCAGCAUUUGCUGAACGCAGGGAAUUUGACAAGAUUUUGAUAUACUCCAAGCAGGUUGGAUAUACACCUGACUAUCUUUUCCUCCUGCAAACAAUUCUCCGAUCUGAUCCUCAGGGAGCUGUAAAUUUUUCCCUUAUGAUGUCCCAAAUGGAAGGGGGCUGUCCUGUUGAUUACAACACAAUAACUGAUCUGUUUCUUCAGAGGAACAUGAUUCGUGAGGCUACGGAAUUUUUACUGGAUGUUCUGAAACCAAACCUUCCAGAGCAUGGUUAUCUGCAAACAAAGGUGUUAGAGAUAAAUCUUGUCACUUUCCCAAAUGUGGCGGCUGCAAUUUUAGCAAACGGAAUGUUUAGCCACUAUGAUCGUCCACGAAUUGCUCAACUUUGUGAAAAAGCCGGCCUUUAUGUGCAAGCUCUCCAGCACUACAAUGAACUCCCCGAUAUUAAGCGCGUCAUUGUGAAUACACAUGCAAUUGAGCCUCAGUCUCUGGUCGAAUUUUUUGGUACACUAUCACGUGAGUGGGCGUUGGAGUGCAUGAAGGAUCUUUUACUGAUUAAUCUUAAGGGAAACCUUCAGAUUAUUGUUCAGGUUGCAAAAGAAUACUGUGAACAGUUGGGUCUUGAUGCAUGCAUAAAACUUUUUGAGCAAUUCAAGUCAUUUGAUGGAUUGUAUUUCUUCCUAGGAUCAUACUUGAGUUUAAGUGAGGAUCGUGAAAUUCACUUCAAGUACAUUGAGGCGGCUGCUAAGACGGGACAAAUCAAGGAGGUUGAACGUGUUACAAGAGAGUCCACUUUCUAUGACCCCGAAAAAACAAAGAACUUUUUGAUGGAAGCCAAACUUCCUGAUGCCCGACCUCUGAUUAAUGUAUGUGACCGCUUUGGUUUUGUUCCAGACCUCACUCACUAUCUAUACACAAAUAACAUGCUAAGGUACAUUGAAGGUUACGUCCAAAAGGUUAAUCCCGGAAAUGCUCCAUUAGUUGUUGGACAGCUUCUGGAUGAUGAGUGCCCUGAAGAUUUCAUCAAGGGUUUGAUCCUAUCUGUACGAUCUCUGCUUCCAGUUGAGCCCUUGGUUGAAGAAUGUGAGAAAAGGAAUCGUCUUCGGCUGCUUACUCAAUUUUUGGAGCAUCUAGUGAGUGAAGGGAGCCAAGAUGUGCAUGUUCACAAUGCACUGGGUAAAAUCAUAAUUGACAGCAACAACAACCCAGAGCACUUCCUUACAACCAACCCAUAUUACGAUUCACGUGUUGUGGGUAAAUAUUGUGAGAAGCGUGAUCCCACUCUUGCUGUUGUUGCAUACCGGAGAGGGCAGUGUGAUGAUGAGCUUAUUAAUGUAACUAGCAAAAACUCAUUGUUCAAGCUUCAGGCCAGGUAUGUAGUGGAAAGGAUGGAUGGUGAUCUUUGGGAGAAGGUUCUGAACUCUGAAAAUGAAUUCAGAAGGCUGCUUAUCGAUCAAGUCGUAUCGACUGCUCUUCCUGAAAGUAAGAGCCCAGAACAAGUGUCUGCAGCAGUCAAAGCAUUCAUGACUGCUGAUCUUCCACACGAGUUAAUUGAGCUUCUUGAAAAGAUAGUUCUCCAAAACUCUUCUUUCAGCGGGAACUUCAAUUUGCAGAACUUGCUUAUCUUGACUGCCAUUAAAGCAGACUCUUCUAGGGUUAUGGACUACAUAAACAGACUUGAUAACUUUGAUGGACCUGCAGUUGGUGAAGUGGCUGUUGAGGCCCAACUGUAUGAAGAAGCUUUUGCAAUUUUCAAAAAGUUCAACUUGAAUGUCCAGGCUGUGGGAGUUCUUCUAGAUAAUGUUAGGGACAUUAACCGGGCUGUGGAGUUUGCUUUCCGUGUUGAAGAAGAUGCAGUGUGGAGUCAGGUUGCCAUUGCUCAGCUUAGAGAGGGAUUAAUUAGUGAUGCUAUUGAGUCAUUCAUUCGUGCAGAGGACGCCACCCACUUCUUGGAAGUUAUCCGUGCUGCUCAGGACGCGGAUGUUUAUAAUGACUUGGUGAAGUAUCUGUUGAUGGUAAGGCAGAGAACAAAGGAACCCAAGGUUGACAGUGAACUUAUCUGUGCAUAUGCCAAAAUUGAUCGGCUGGGUGAGAUAGAGGAAUUUAUUCUCAUGCCGAAUGUUGCUAAUCUGCCCAAUGUUGGUGAUCGUUUGUUUGAAGAAGGUUUAUAUGAAGCUGCAAAGAUAAUUUUUGCCUUUAUUUCUAAUUGGGGAAAACUGGCAAGCACGCUUGUAAGGUUGAAGCAGUUCCAAGGUGCCGUUGAUGCUGCUCGCAAGGCAAAUAGUGCAAAGACGUGGAAAGAUGUCUGCUUUGCUUGUGUCGAUGCUGAGGAGUUCCGAUUGGCUCAGAUUUGUGGGCUUAACAUUAUUGUGCAGGUGGAUGACCUAGAAGAAGUGAGUGAGUACUAUCAAAACCGAGGAUGCUUCAAUGAAUUAAUAUCUCUUAUGGAGAGCGGGCUAGGAUUGGAGCGUGCACAUAUGGGUAUCUUCACCGAGCUUGGUGUAUUGUAUGCCAGAUACCGACAUGAGAAGCUGAUGGAACACAUCAAAUUGUUCUCAAGCCGUCUAAACAUUCCUAAACUUAUCCGAGCAUGUGAUGAGCAGCAACAUUGGAAGGAGCUGACUUAUCUCUACAUCCAAUAUGAUGAAUUCGAUAAUGCUGCAACUACUGUCAUGAACCAUUCACCAGAUGCUUGGGAUCACAUGCAGUUCAAGGAUAUUGUCGUUAAAGUUUCCAAUGUUGAGCUCUAUUACAAGGCUGUUCACUUCUAUCUGCAAGAACAUCCUGACCUGAUUAAUGAUCUUCUAAAUGUCCUCGCCCUAAAGGUGGACCACACACGUGUGGUAGACAUUCUUAGAAAGGCCGGCCACUUGCGUCUGGUGAAGCCAUAUAUGGUUGCUGUUCAGAGCAACAACGUUUCCGCUGUUAACGAGGCCCUUAAUGAGAUAUAUGUUGAGGAAGAGGACUAUGAUAGACUACGAGAAUCUAUUGAAUUACAUGACAGCUUUGAUCAAAUCGGCCUUGCACAGAAGAUUGAGAAACAUGAGCUUCUUGAGAUGAGGCGUGUUGCUGCUUCUAUUUACAAGAAGGCAGGUCGGUGGAAGCAAUCCAUUGCUCUUUCCAAGAAAGAUAAUCUAUACAAAGAUGCCAUGGAGACGGCCUCACAAUCUGGGGAUCGUGAACUUGCUGAGGAGUUGCUUGUUUAUUUCAUUGAUCAGGGAAAGAAAGAGUGCUUUGCCUCAUGCCUCUUUGUAUGUUAUGAUUUGAUCCGCCCAGAUGUUGCUCUUGAGCUCGCCUGGAUCAAUAAAAUGAUAGACUUUGCCUUCCCUUACCUGUUACAGUUCAUUCGUGAGUAUACAGGCAAAGUUGAUGAACUAAUCAAAGACAAAAUCGAGGCACAAAAUGAAGCAAAGGCAAAGCAAAAUGAAGAAAAUGAUAUUAUGAAACAACAGAAUAUGUACGCUCAGCUGCUCCCGCUUGCUUUACCCGCGCCACCAAUGCCAGGAAUGAGUGGGGCUUAUGGUGGACAGCCACCACCCAUGGGGGGUAGUGUGGGGAUGCCACCACCAUUUGGCAUGCCACCCAUGGCUCCAUACUAACCUGCAGGCAUAUACACUCUACACGAUUGUUUACCAAAAUAUGAUUAUGAGGACAGAGUCGGAAGCCAAAUAUUCAGGUCCUUUUUUCCUUCAAUUUUUUCCUAGAUUUACUUGCUCAAUUUCCUGCAUUGUAUUAAUGGGAGACUACUUUAGAAAUAAUCUCUGGCUUGUGCUAUAGGGUUGUGUUGAUAUAUAUAAUGCAUUUUGUAAUAUUCGUUUAGAAGAGGCAAUUUUUUUGCAGUUAGGGGACAAGCUGAGGAUGUGAUUGUCUUUUUGCUUGCCUGAUUAUUAGCCCAACUUUGUACUUAAUUUUGUGGUUUGAGACAUUGAAAGCCUUUUUCUCUUUGUAUAUAUGAUUGAUGGUUGAUAUAUAUGUCCCAGUUUCUAAUUGCUCUU